CUGUUGCUGGCCAGGUAGGUGUCAGGGGGCGUUCCGUGGUGGAGAUGCGUUAUGACGGCGACUGAGGAACGUUCUUUUGGCGAUCCUUUCAGUGGGCAGAGAACUCUGCCAAGAGUGGAGUCCUGCCUUCGCGCUGAGGUGGCCUCACUCCCGGAUCAGGCUUGACCGGGAUAAGCCCCAGAUUUUGUUUCCUCAGAGAGUUGUAAGAAGUUGGAUGUAGAAUUUCUUCAUGAUUGGCUUCCUGUAAAAAUGUAGUUUCCUGAUUCUACUUUCUAACCUAUAAUCAUGGACUUGUUUAUGUGAUCUUCCACACUCAUAACAAAUCAACUGGCCAGUCUUCUAUCUUUUCUUGAAGAUAUGCUGCUCUUCUUUAUUGUGGGAUUGCUCGUACAUUUUGUGUUCUUCGCCUCCAUCUUUGACAUUUAUUUUACAUCUCCUUUGGUUCAUGGAAUGACUCCUCAGUUUACGCCAUUGCCUCCUCCAGCAAGGAGACUAGUGCUCAUUGUUGCUGAUGGGCUGCGGGCAGAUGCACUUUAUGAAUUUGAUGAAAAGGGAAAUCCUAGAGCCCCAUUUAUUAGGAAUAUCAUAAUGCACGAAGGCAGCUGGGGGAUAUCUCAUACACGUGUGCCAACUGAAUCACGGCCGGGUCAUGUAGCCCUGAUAGCUGGAUUUUAUGAAGAUGUUAGUGCAGUUGCCAAAGGAUGGAAGGAAAACCCUGUAGAAUUUGAUUCUCUUAUUAAUCAAAGCAAGUACACAUGGAGCUGGGGAAGCCCAGAUAUCGUGAGUAUGUUUGCCAAAGGUGCUACAGGAAACCAUGUUUUUACACAUAGUUAUGAUGCUGACAGUGAGGAUUUUGGUGCCAAGGAUGUAACAAAACUGGAUACAUGGGUCUUUGAUAAUAUUAAGGAAUUCUUUCAUGCUGCCAAAAACAACCAAUCUUUGUUUUCUAAACUAAAUGAAGAGAAAGUAGUUUUUUUCUUACAUCUAUUAGGAAUUGAUACAAACGGACAUGCUCACCGACCCACAUCAAGGGAAUAUAAGGACAAUAUUAAACUAGUUGAUGAGGGAAUUAAAGAAAUUGUGUCCCUGCUUAAAGAUUUUUAUGGAAAUGAUGAGAAAACGGCAUUUCUCUUUACCUCUGAUCAUGGAAUGACAGACUGGGGUUCCCAUGGGGCUGGUCAUCCUUCAGAGACCUUUACUCCUUUCGUUGCUUGGGGAGCUGGAAUCAAGUAUCCCCAAAAAGUAUCAGAUCAACAGUUUAAUGAUGUGCUUUUGAAAGGAUGGAAAUUGGAGUACUGGAAGAGGCAAGAUAUCAAUCAGGCUGAUGUUGCACCAUUGAUGGCUUCUCUUAUUGGAGUUCCUUUUCCCCUCAAUUCAGUGGGAAUCCUUCCUGUGAAUUAUCUUAACAACACUGAUGCCUUCAAAGCAGAGAGCAUGUAUACAAAUGCAAAACAGAUUCUUGAACAGUUCAAGGUGAAAAUGACUCAGAAAAAAGAAGUUACUUUGCCAUUUUUGUUUACACCAUUUAAGUUGCUUUCUGAUUCUAAACAGCUUGACAUUUUAAGAAAAGCAAGAUCUUAUAUAAAACAGGAAAAUUAUGAUGAAGCAGUCUUCCUUUGCAUGGAGCUGAUUCAUCUCUCAUUGGAAGGAUUGACCUAUUAUCACACUUAUGACAGAUUCUUUUUGGGCAUCAAUGUUCUGCUUGGUUUUGUGGGAUGGGCGUCUUAUGCUUCUUUGCUGAUUAUCAAAUCUCAUUCCAGCCUUACCAGAGGCGUUAGUAAAGAAGUUAAGAAACCACGCCAUCUCCUGCUGUAUAGUUUUGUGACUAUUGGCAUUUUAAUGGCAUUUUUUCUGCUGAUUCAAGCCUGUCCCUGGACUUAUUAUGUGUAUUGCUUGUUGCCAGUGCCUAUAUGGUAUGCGGUUCUAAGAGAAUACCAAGUUAUUCAAGACCUUGUCACAUCACUGUUGACCUUCCCCUCACGUCAUUUUGUUGGAUACCUGUUAGCACUUGCCUUGGGAAUUGAAGUAUUAGUUCUCAGUUUUUUCUACCGCUAUAUGCUUACUGCUGGACUUAUUGUAUUUGCGGGUUGGCCAUUUACCACUCAGCUGUGGACGCGAGCAAAGAGCAUCUCACUGAGUUGGAUUUUCUUCUGUUUGCUCCUGGCAGUGUUCCCACUGAUGCCUGUUGUAGGACGAAAGCCAGAUAUCUUUCUAGUAAUGGGUGCAGGCCUGCUGGUCCUUCUGCUGUCCCUGUUUGUUGUAACAUCUCUCAUAAAAACAAAAGAUAGGUUUGUAAAUGACAAGCUAUUGUUACAUCUAUUACAGAUGCUGAGCACAGUGCUUUCCAUGUGGGCUGUGUAUAGCACCCAUAAUAGCCUACUUAAGAAACAAGGACUUCCUCUUAUUAAUCAGGUGGUUAGCUGGAUAAUAUUAGCCUCCUCCUUCGUGGUGCCCCUGCUGAGUCCCAGGAACCUCUUGGAGCGAUUGUUUAGUAUACUCGUCUCAUCGAUGUCAGCCUACCUCCUUCUAAGCACAGGGUAUGAGGCUCUCUUCCCAUUAGUGUUGUCAUGUUUGAUGUUUGUCUGGAUACAUAUGGAACAAGAAACCCUACAACAAUCUGGUGUUUCCUGCAAACAGAAGGUCACCAGUAUCCAUUUCUCCUACAACACUGAUAUAACCCAGUUUCGACAGCUCUGUCUGGAUGACAUCCGUAGGGCCUUUUUCCUUGUUUUCUUCUUAGUGACAGCAUUUUUUGGAACUGGGAAUAUAGCUUCUAUUAACAGCUUUGAUCUUGCCUCUGUCUACUGCUUUCUGACUGUGUUUAGUCCUUUUAUGAUGGGAGCCCUGAUGUUGUGGAAGAUUUUUAUCCCCUUUGUUCUGGUGAUGUGUGCUUUUGAAGCCGUUCAAUUAACUACCCAGUUAUCAUCAAAAAGUCUUUUUCUCAUGGUUCUCAUCAUAUCAGACAUUAUGGCUUUGUACAGGCAUACCUCACAGAUAUUUCAGGCUCAGUUCCAGACCACCUCAAUAAAGCAACACCACGAUAAACAUUUUUUCUUCUUGGUCAAGGAUUAUGGCAGCUGGCUUGAUAUUGGAACAAGCAUCAGCCACUACGUGAUUGUCAUGUGCAUGACCAUCGUUCUGGUGUUUCUCAACGGCCUGGCCCAGCUGCUCACCACAAAGAAACUCAGACUGUGUGGCCAACCUAAAAGCCACCUCAUAUGAUGUCACAGAAGCAUCCUUCCGCAUCUGGGUCCUGUUUCUCAUUCUCCUUUGAAAUUAAAAUCUUAUCAAGGAUUCAGAAGGAAGAUGGGUUUUGAUGUGUGGUACAUUCUGCUCCUAUAAAGAAAAUUACACGUGGAAUUCUGAACUUACAGGUUGUCUGGAAUAAAGGAGCUUCCAUUUUCUUUAGUUUCUGCAUGUGUUAAAUUUAAAUAGUGAUUAUGUCUGUGGAAAGCCCGGUAAAGCAUUCUCCAGGUUCAUGUUUUCCCUUGAGCUGGCAGCUCUUCUUUCUGACAGUUCAGAGCACCUGUAACCAUCUGGUCCCCAACCUUACGGCUCCCCGUAUCAGCAGAGGAGAAGCGCUCCUGGGGGGGGCCUCCCCAUCACUUCCCGAACCAGUGCAAGGGCUGAACCUGAUCAAAAUCUCCAGGUGGCACCAUCAAUAUUUAUCAAGUCUCAGAACUGGUUUUGCAGAUAAUUCAAACUACUAAACGGUAACACCAGGAAAACUAUCAGGAUGUGUUAUUUAAAUUUACAAAAGCUUCCCUUGAAAACAAUGUUUGCAGGUGUUUGUAAUUUUUCUUCAGAAUGCAACAAUAUUACCUUAAGCAUCUUAGUGCUGUUUCUAGGCUUUUCAAAGUCAGCCAUCUAGAUGCAGGUUUGACCUUCACUUUUUUCUUUUUUAUUUCUGGAUUCUCAUGGAAUUCCUGGAGAUAGAAAAGUAGAAAAUGCUUGGUGUUCAUGUGUUAUCCAUCGGAGGGAGGGGGUGCAUAGAAGGAUUUGUUUUUAAUUAUAGAUUCAGUAUUUGUUAACCCCAUAUCUUUUACCAUGUAUUGUUUCGACAAAAUUCUUUAAAUCCACGGUUAAACUUUCUGACAAUAUCAUACGAAUCAGAGUUAAAAUUGCUUCUCUUUCUGUUUGUGACAUUCUAACCCAAAGGCCUAAAGUCAUCUAAUUAAAUUUAAAUUUCUAUUUGUAAACUAAUUCUUAUGGACAGAAUAUUUUGAGAGUAAUUUUUAUUUGGCUUUUUCAUCAAGGGACCUUUGCAUGUCACUGUAGAGUUGGCCUUUUGUUCAUGGUCUAUCAGUAGAUUUUGGCUAGUACUAAGUUUCACUGGUCUGAGUCCCCUUUUUAAAAAAUAAUUGCUUUUGAAUUAAGUUGUAGCAUUUCUAACUCACAUUAAUGACGAGGCCCUCUGCAAAUAAAGUUUUCAGAUUGGCAGGUUUGUGAACGAACACAAUUUAGAAGAUUCAAAAAUCAGUUUGGCAAUAUGGACUUUCUUAAUUUCUGUUUAUGAUGAAGGAUAAUUAUAAUUUAUUUAUGAUAGUACUUCAUGGUAUACCAGCAAACGCAUUCCAGUAUAAAAGAAAAGAAAGGUGUAUUUUUGUCAUUGUAAGACCUCGUGCCGCGGUUUGCACUGUAAAAUCUAGGGGGACCACUGAGGCUUGUCGGUGGCAGACAGUGACAUUGGCAGAGAACCACCAACUUCCUCUUUGUCUCAAAGGAUUUUUAAUCAGUUUUUCCACAGCUCAGAGAAAAUGGACUUUAUAAACACUUAACUCUUUUUAUAUCAUUUUUGCCUUUUCCUUUUUCCAGAUUUUUAGAGGAAUUAAUGAAUAGUUUAUUACAACAUUGUAAAAAGUGCUCGGUGCUUUAUCUUUAUUUUGCUCUUCACAAUAUAUCUUUGUCUUCAUAUUGUUUUGAGUCAGAGUGAGUUUACAAAGCAGGAGUCCACGCCUGCAGCCACAGGCUUGGCUUGCUGCACUGUCUGGACCCCUCAGAAUCCCCGGCAUCUGCCAGAUGGGCCUUUUCUAUUGCUCAGCUUAUCAAAUAUUUUAAAGUGUUUUUGAAAAGCUUAUUUUUGUAUUGAAUAAAAGAAAAAAUAAAGAAGAGAUAAGUAAAAUGUA